AUGGCGCCAGCGCCCGCCCGCCGGGACAACCGACACCCGCGCUUCCGGGAACCCCGCCUCCCGCCGGCCAAUGGCGGCCCGCCUCCCUUCCGCGCCGGCCAAUGGGCGCCCGCCGCCCCUCCUGCGCCGGCCAAUGGGCGCCCACUUCUCCCCAGCGCCGGGCGAGGGCCGCCCGCCUCCCUCCUGAGCCGGUCGGGGGCCGCACGCUUCCCCCCAGCGCCGGCCAAUGGGCGCCCGCCUCCCUUCUGUGCCGGCCAAUGGGCGCCCGCCUCCCUUCUGUGCCGGCCAAUGGGCGCCCGCCUGCCUUCUGUGCCAACCAAUAGGCGCCCGUCUCCCUCCAGCGCCGGCCGAUGGACACCCGCCCCCUCCUGCGCCGGCCGAUGGGCGCCCACUUCUCCCCAGCGCCGGGCGAGGGCCGCCCGCCUCCCUCCUGAGCCGGUCGGGGGCCGCACGCUUCCCCCCAGCGCCGGCCAAUGGGCGCCCGCCUCCCUUCUGUGCCGGCCAAUGGGCGCCCGCUUCCCUUCUGUGCCAACCAAUAGGCGCCCGUCUCCCUCCAGCGCCGGCCGAUGGACACCCGCCCCCUCCUGCGCCGGCCGAUGGGCGCCCACUUCUCCCCAGCGCCGGGCGAGGGCCGCCCGCCUCCCUCCUGAGCCGGUCGGGGGCCGCACGCUUCCCCCCCAGCGCCGGCCAAUGGGCCGCCCGCCUCCCUUCUGUGCCGGCCAAUGGGCGCCCGCCUCCGUCCAGCGCCAGCCAAUGGACACCCACCUCUCUCCAGCGCCACGCCAGCCAAUGGCCGCCCGCCCCCUCCGGCGUCAGCCAAUGGGCGCCCACCUCCCCUCCAGCGCCAGCCAAUGGGCGCCCGCAGCCCUCGCCCCGGAGAGGAGGGAUUAG